AUGUCAACUUCAAUAUCAUUAUCAACUAUUAAAGCGUAUCAUAUAGCCGCAUUAUGUAAACUUUGUUCCGAUGCUUUAGUUUUAGUUGAUAACAUUACUCUGGAAUGGUUGCGUAUAACAAAUAUAAUAGGACAUUUAUUUUGUUCAGUAAAUCGUCCAACUAUAAAACUAAUCAAUGACCAAGACUUAUUUGAAAAUAAUAAACAUUCACAUCUAAUUAUCAUUCUUCAACAAUCAAUACCAAUAAAUCGUUUAAAUGACAUAUGUACUGAACAAAAUUUUGAUUCAAUUCUAUUACUAACAAGUUCACCAUCAAUCAUCGAUGAUCAUAAUAAUGAAUGGGACGAACAUCUAAUUGAUAUAUUACAAAGAAAAACUUUGCAUUUUCCUUUUAUUUCCAUAACAGAUUCAUUACUUUUAAUACCAACUCUUAUUCCAUAUCAGCUACCAACUAUUGAAACUCUGACUUCACUUUCCAAUGAAAAAAUUAAAACGAUGACAUCAUUAGACACUAUAUUCGACAAGGAUGAAAUCAAAACCAUUCGAGUUCAUGCUGAAAUGUUAAAUAGUUUAAUGGCAAGUAUGAAUGGACGUGAAGAUAUUUUUAUACUUGGUCCAUUGAGUCAUGUUAUUGCUCGUGAAUAUACACAAAUGACAAACGUCAAACAACGACGAAGAUCUGGUGAAAAUAAAAUUGCUUUACUAUUAAUUGAUCGACAUUUAGAUUUAGCAACACCAUCAUCUCAUCAACAAGAUACUUUACUUGCUCAAAUUAUUAAUUUUUUACCUAAUGUACGUAUAAAAAGUUUCGAUGAUUGUCAUCAACGUACGAUUGAUAUCAAAGUGGAUACACGGGCUUUGCUAAAAAAUCUAUCAUCGAAAUUCGAGAAUGAUUUUAAUUCAUAUUUAUUUGCUGACAUGAAACGACGAGUAGGCAAUGCAGAUGCUGAAUCAGUUUUUGAUAAUAUUAUUUAUUCGAAAUCGAAAGUUGCAACAGCAGAUGUUUUCACUCACCUUCUUGAGUCUCUUAUCUAUAAUAAUUUGGAAACAAAAAUAAAGUCUGUCAAAGUAUCAACUGCAGCUAUCAGUGCUUGUUUAGAAAAGUUCAGACAAGCUCCAAAAGUUCUCUGUAAAAAUUAUGAGCUCCUAGUCAUAUCUUGUUGUUUAAUGCAAAUCAUGGAGUCUAUUGAUGAGAAUCAAAAUUUUGAACGAUUAAUUGGUCUUGAAAGAAUUCUUGUACAAGCUUUAACAACAAAUGCUGGUCCUAGUCCAUUUUCAAUUAUAUUACGAACAUUAAAAGACGACUUGAUGAAACCAGACGAAGAACGUUUAUUAAAAUUAAUUGAUUAUGUUAUUCUCCUUAUCAAUAUCUAUUCUCUUGCUGGUAAUGAUGUUUUCUAUGGUAAAGAAGAAAAAGAUCGUGCGCAUAAACUCAUAGGAAAAGAAAUUCUCAAUGAUUCGUCAUUUACAAAGACACUUCGUGAAAAAAUGAGAACUCUCGGAUAUUCAUUAGAGAUUGAAUAUGUUCUUGAUGUAAUCUAUCAAAGACUUGAUUUAAUUUUAUCUUAUAAAAGACGUUAUAAAUAUCUUAAUUCACUUAUUGUUCAUGGUUCGGAUGAACAGCCAGCUUAUCGACAAUCAUUACUUAAACAAAUAUUUGAUUUAUUUAAACAGUAUGGAAAUUUUGGAUUGCCAUCAUCAUCGAUUUCAUCUCGUUUAACUGGUUCAGCAAAUGUUUCUACAAUACAACAAGAACAAUUAGUGAAUGAUAUUGAACAUGUACCAUUCGAUGGUUUUACAGACUUUUUUAAAAGUGCUGCUAGAGGAUUUUUUGGUGAUGCAAAACCAUGUAUAACUAGUAAUGAUUAUUCUACUAUUGUUGUUUUUAUUGUUGGCGGGAUAACACCUCAUGAAAUUCAACUUAUUCAUGAAUAUAGUCAACAGAUAAGAAAACAAAUUAUUAUUGGCUCAUCGGGUAUCAUGAAACCUGAAGAUAUUUUAUCAAUAUUAUUGAAAUGA